AUGGUCAAGCUCAGCAUCCUAGUAGUCCUCCUGGGCGCCCUUCUUGUCGUAGCCUCCGCGACAAGAUGGGAUCCCGAUCGAGGGUCCAGAGGGUCGAGAUGGGACGCACCGAGCAGAGGGGAUGACCAGUGCCAGAGGCAGUUGCAGAGGGCAAACCUGAGUCCCUGUGAGGAACACAUAAGGCAAGAGCAAGAGCAAGAGCAAGAGCAAGACGAGUACCCGUACAGUCAACGGGGAUCCAGAGGACGACGACCCGGCGAAUCUGACGAAGACCAAGAGCAAAGGUGCUGCAACGAGCUCAACCGGUUCCAGAAUAACCAAAGGUGCAUGUGCCAGGCACUUCAACAGAUCCUCCAGAACCAGAGCUUUAGAUUCCAGCAGGACAGGAGCCAGUUGCAUCAGAUGGAGAGGGAGCUCAGGAACUUGCCCCAGAACUGCGGGUUCAGGUCACCAAGCCGUUGCGACCUCAGUAGCCGCACGCCCUACUAA